AAGGACUUGCUUAUUAUCCUGCAACGUUUCUGAGCGUUUCACCGUACACGAGUUUCCGCAGUUCGCGUUCUAUUAAAUAUCUGCACUAGGAAAAACUUAGAAAACACAGACAAAGAAGGAAAGUAGAACAGAAAGACCAGCGGCAAACAAGCAAAUUUGUAAUAGUUUAAAAAGCGGCGGUUGUCGUCGCGACGUGGUGCAAUCGUAUCGACUGGUACUGGUACCCACCUAUCACCGGGAGAAGCUGGUGCAGUAAUUCGCAUGGCGUGCGGCACAUUAUCGCCAACAACCCCCGACAAAACGAAAUCCUUAUCAUUCCGUGUAGUCUAAUUAGACCUACACAUACACGUAGGUCGUUAUAGCGUAAAGUAGCGCAUUUUUAUUUGAUUUUAUUUUGUACAAGCGCGUUAGUGAAAAGUCGAUUUUUUCCUUUUCUUGAAGAACGAAUGAUACUGUAGUUGUUAUUCGUGUGAAUAAAUUAGUGUCGAAAAAAAAUAGUGUUUCGUAACGAUGCAGCACCCGGGUUCGUGGUACUUGCCGUGGGGUGUGCCUCUGCAGAAGGUUGUGGCGAUGCCGCUACACCCUGCGGCUGCAGCCGCAGCGGGCACGCUGCAUCAUUUGCAGAGACCGCAGACGGCUGUCCAUGUACAGCCCAUGUUGACCAGCAUCGGUUCACCGCUCACCACGAUCACCAGCUUCAUCGGUCAACCGGCGGCCAUUAUCAGGCAACCACAUGCUAGAAAGGUUGGUGCCAAGUUAGAAACCAAAGCUUUAAAGGCCAAAAGACCGGGUUUUACUGAUGAUCGGUACAACGAAACAUCUUACUACAUAGAAAAUGGUUUACGAAAAGUGUAUCCGUAUUAUUUUACAUUCACGACAUUCACAAAGGGUAGAUGGGUGGGAGAGAAGAUAUUGGACGUCUUCGCGAGAGAGUUCAGGGCGCAUCCGGCAGAAGAAUAUGAAAGGUGCAUCAAAGCCGGUACUCUGACCGUCAAUUAUGAAAAAGUUGACACUGAUUACCGACUUAAGCACAACGAUUUGCUGGCCAACGUGGUUCAUCGACAUGAAGUUCCCGUCACUAGCGAUUCGAUCACCAUUGUACAUUUGGACGAAGACGUUGUGGUGGUCAACAAACCCGCCUCUAUCCCAGUCCAUCCUUGUGGAAGGUACAGGCACAAUACAGUAGUGUUUAUUCUUGCAAAAGAGUACAAUCUGAAGAACCUGCGUACUAUUCAUAGGUUAGAUAGGCUCACCAGUGGUUUAUUACUGUUCGGAAGAUCACCGAAAAAGGCUAGACAAAUGGAACAUCAAAUUCGAAAUCGUCUUGUUCAGAAAGAAUAUAUUUGCCGAGUUGAAGGAGAAUUUCCCGACGGCUUGGUGGAAUGCAAGGAGCCUUUAGAAGUGGUGAGCUACAAGAUAGGGGUUUGCAAGGUUUCGGAAAAGGGCAAAGAUUGCGUGACAAUAUUUCAAAAGUUAUCGUACGACGGUCAAACAAGCGUUGUCGUCUGCAAACCUAAAACCGGCCGAAUGCAUCAAAUCCGUGUUCACUUGCAAUUCCUAGGAUAUCCGGUAGUAAAUGAUCCUUUAUAUAACCACGACGUGUUUGGACCCAACAAGGGCAAGAACGGCGACUUUGGUGGAAAAACAGACGAGGAACUUGUCAGGGACUUAAUUCACAUUCACAAUGCGGAAAACUGGCUCGGAAUGGACGGCGACACCGAACUCUCCAUGUUCAACCCUAGUAAACCUGAUUUGGAGGAUUCGUUGGUCGAAUCCUUGGACACGAAAGAAAACAUGAUAGGAAACGACGAUGCUGACGCGAUUUCUCGAGAAUCGUCCCCAUGCGGAGAAGCAUCGCCCUGCGAAGAGACCUGCGAGACCACCCCUGUAAUACUCUGUAGUAACACGUCGACUCAGGAAAGUUGCGAAGGCGAUAAAGUUACUGUUGCAACUCAAACAGGCCACGAAGCCCCAGACAUGGCGUUCAACCCCGAAAAAAUGACCGUAGACAAACACUGUUAUGAGUGCAAAGUACGCUACAGAGACCCUAAACCGCAGGACCUCGUGAUGUAUCUGCAUGCGUGGAAAUACAGGGGUCCUGGUUGGGCUUACGAAACUGAACUCCCAGAAUGGGCAAAACCCGAUUGGAUUGGAUCAAAAUCGUCGGGCUGAUGUUAAUAGUUAUAGGAACCGUACAGGACUUGAAAAAUAUAUACGAAAAAGUAUAUUUUGUUGAUAGUUCAAUUUAAUUUGUCAAAAACUGAACUAGUGUAUAAUCCUUGCACAUAAAACGGCAGGGUCCAAUCACAAUCAUCGUAUGUAGACCAUCCCAAUUAAGUUAGAAAAUGAAAGUAAAUAAAUAUUAUUAUUAUUAUUGUUAAUUCAAAAGUGUUUAGGAAAGCGAAAAAUAAUCAAAAAACCAAUGCAACAAAAAAUAUUUAUAUUUACUUUAUUUUGUUUGUAGAAUUGCCCAGUAUUAAUGUCAAUUUCCCUUAUUUGCUAGUUUUUAUAAUUAUUAUAAUAAAUAAUAACAAGAAAAAUAAUAAUAACACUUAGGUUAGCAUAACAUUCGUUAUCAAUUUUUAUCUAGCAAACAGGACAAACUUCUGUGCUAACUUACCAACAAAAAGAACCAGUAAUUAUAUGACUGAAACAAGGAACAAUAAAAAGAAGAAUUUUAGUCAAAAAGAUCGUGAAAUCUUCAGUUAAGUGCCUGAAAUAGAAAAAUGAGUAUUAAAUACAGGUCGGUACGUAGAGAAUUAUUUGAAAGUAUUAAACAUCAUUCGUCGUGUACUAUAUAAUUUUUUUUACUAAAAACAAUUUUUGAAUCUCAUUUAAAAAAGUCUUCAAUUGCUUUUUUCAUCAUCCCUUCUAUCUAUUUUAUAUCCUUGACUGAAGAAUGAAUCUAAUCAAUGUUAUUUUUCAAAAAGUUUUUCCGAAUUCUUUGACUCUCGCCAGCACGCCAUAAACACCUCCAAUAGAACUCAAACCGAAUUCUGUCCCUUUUUUAUUUAUAUGUAACAAGCGUUUAAGCGUUAUUUUCAUUUAUGUUAACAUAAUAAUAAAAUAUCUACCAUUAUUUCAAACCCAUACAGAAGGAGGUAAAUCAAAUUUUAAACGAUUAACUCAAAUUUUAUAAUUUUAAUCGAAAGUUCUAUUUGAAUUUCUAUCUGUAUUACAUUGACUUAUUUAAUUCUUAUUAAUAAAAUUUAGAAACAAAUUCUGUAUAAUAGAAAAGUAUAUCAACAAUAUUUUUUUUUCUGUAUGGCCCCCUGCACAUGUACCUGUGCCAUUUACAAAAUUACUUUAUCAAAACAAACGUUAAGAUUGGUAUCUUCAAAAUAUUUUUAUAGUAAUGGUACGUAAUGGGCAAAUUUAGCAAACAGAUAGUAGUUAAUGAUGUAGUAGUAGACAAUAUAAAAGUUCCACCGUUUUUCUUUAUCUUGAAAAGGACGCAUUGUGUUCUUUGGAAUUUAAAAAUGUAAAUAAUAUUGCGAAUGGUGCCUUAUUGUGACAACUAAUUUAAUAUUUAUUAAGACUUAUGACUAUCUAUUUUAAAAAUUGUGUUUGGAAUUUAACAACCAAAAUUAAUGUUGUGUGUAUAAUAAAAUUAAUAAUAGUCGUCACAAAAUAGGCACUCUAUCAUUAGAACGUCUGUGAUGAUCAAAUAUUAUUUACUCUAAAUGCAAUGUCGAUAAUUAAUUUCAGUGUAGAUUAAAUUAUUGUUAUACCUACACUAAUAUUAAUUUUAUAAAUUAUAACAAAUUCUCUACAGAAACUGGUAGAGAAAUGUCACAUUUUAAAAAAAUGCGAAGUCACAGUACUCAUAUGUAACAUCUAACGUAUGUAAUGAGCAAAACAAUAAUUUCACAACGUAAGCUCAUAGUAAUACAGGAUUACCAGAUCAGUGGUUGACAGCUGUUAGUUUUUCCUCUUUCUUCCUUUUUUCCGACUUUUUCAGCGUUAAAUGUAGACAACAUUGAUUGAAUAACGCGCGCUUCCCCCCCCACCCUAACUUCCGCAUUCACGAGAUUGCUCCCAUAGUCCCACAUACACACAUACCAAGCAGUAAGAUGUUACAUAUCAAAAGCAGUUUAAUUCGUAAUUAUAGUAAAAAUAAAAUUCCAUUUACCCCAUUCUUGGGGUAAAUAACAUCAUUUUGUACAAAAUGACUAAAUGAUUACUUUCCACUACAAUUAAUUGUUUAUCUGCUUGUAAAUUGUUCUAAAAUUGAUAAUAAAUACAAUCAACAGCAAAAUAUAUAAUAUGUAAAAAGAAUUUAUACCUAUACAAAACUAAUCCUUGUUAUGAUGAAAAGGAAUUGUACAAAAAAUACUAUAAAAUUAAUUACUUAAUUUUAUUACUAAUAAAUCAAAGAAAAGGACAUUCGUGUAUAACGGAAAUUCCUAAAAUUGUAGUUGUGAUCCUAUUGCUAUGAAUAUUCUUCAUGGAAAUAUGGAAUGUUAUUAAAUUUAUUUGUGUAGUAUUGUAAAUAAUUACAAACUGGUGGAAUCGUUAAAAUUAAUUAAAAGUACCUUGCUUUAUUUAGUAACUAUUGCUGCAGACGAAUGAUUUAGUUUUAUUUAGUUACAAACUGCAACAAUUCCCAUUUUGAAGAGAAUUUAAGUUUUUAUACAUUUAAUUGAUAAAUUAAAUACACUUAAAAUAAUUGAAAUUAAUAUAUCAGAACAAUAUAUAUCCUAAAUACAUGUCAAUUUUUCAGCUUAAAUAUUUAAAAAAUAAAAUAAAAGUAGAUGCAAAGAUGUAAAAUUGAUCAUUAUUUCUUAUUACUAAAAUCAUAAAAUCAACAUCGUUAGUGAUAGAAAUUUGUUGCAGUUUUAUAUGUAAAUAAAAGAAGAAAAAAAAAGAAAAGAACGAUAAAGGUCUUCUAUAAAUAACAACAUCAUAAAUUAUUUUGUAAAGAAAAUAUUUGAUACGCACGCUUUUGUAGAGCACCAGUUUUGUAAAAAUAAGCUAAAAUUAUAUAUUGGCGAUACAAUUACUUAUCGAAUAUAAAUAUAGUUUUUACAUUACUUAAUUUAUGAAAUGAAUAACUUAUUAGACCAAUAUUAAUAAGUAAAGUAGAUGCAUAAGUGGAGAAAAAGAUAUAUUGUUAAAAAUAAUUUUUAUUUUACUCCACACAGGUAGUGUGUGUAAGAUUGUUGUUAUUCUUACUAUUAUUUUCUCUUGUAUUUUGCAGUCAUCUGUGAUUGUUACCUAAGUAGGAAAUUGUUUCUUUUUUCUUCUUUACAAUUUUUAAAAUAAUUAUGUGUGCAUAUUAUUCCUGUAAACAGUGUAUUAGAUUUUAAGGGUAAUAAAUAAAAACGCAUUUCUCA